UUCCCCCCGGGACGAGGCUCCUCUCCCGGCCGCAGCCUCGCAGCUCUCCACCCUGUUUCUGGAAGGCUCCAGGGUGCAGCAGCACUCACGCGCUCCUCUCCGUCCCCGCAGGCUGCGGGAGCACCAUCGGGCCACCGUGAAGGUCAUCCGGCGCAUGCAGUACUUUGUGGCCAAGAAGAAAUUCCAGCAAGCGCGGAAGCCUUACGACGUGCGUGACGUCAUCGAGCAGUACUCCCAGGGCCACCUCAACCUCAUGGUGCGCAUCAAAGAACUGCAGAGAAGGCUGGACCAGUCCAUCGGGAAGCCGUCCCUGUUCGUCCCCAUCUCAGAAAAGAGCAAGGACCGCGGCAGCAACUCCAUUGGCGCCCGCCUGAACCGGGUGGAAGACAAG